CCCAACUUGGAAUAUCAAGUGGGAAACAAUCGUUCAAGACUUUCCGACCUGAAGUCAGAAGUCCGAGAUUUCCGAGUGCCCAGUUGUCAUGAACGCGGCAUUAUCUCAUUUUCUAAUAUCCCUGGUCAGUCAUAUGACAAGGAAGAAAGGCAAUCGGUGUUGUUGUUGGUUUAUUAAAUGGCCUGGGGUUAUGAAAUAAUAUGAACAUGGAUUGAAAAUGAAUUCACAGCAAGUUGCCUCGUCAACGAAACUGUUUGUCAUGUAAAGAAAGGGAGGAGUAUGGAGAAUGAUGAACUUCCGUCAGCGGAUGGGAUGGAUCGGCGUGGGGCUGUACCUUCUGGCUAGCGUGGCUGUUGUCUACUAUGUCUUUGAGAUCGACCAGACAUACAACCGUCUCACCCUGGAGCACGUGGAGCGGGUGGCUCAGGAACAGCGACCUCUGCCAGGGGACAACACACCUCCCGCCGCAUCCUCUGGGCCCCCAUCCUCACUGCCCACCUGGACCCAGAGUCUCAAAACGCGCCUGCUCCUCUUGCCCUUCUGGGUGUGGGUCACCAUCUUCCUCGUGCCCUACCUUCAGGUGUUCCUCUUCCUCUACUCGUGCACGCGCGCUGACCCCAAGACGGUGGGCUACUGCAUCCUGCCAAUAUGCCUGGCGGUACUCUGCAACCGCCACCAGACCUUUGCCAAGGCGUCCAAUCAGAUCAGCCGGCUGCAGCUUAUUGACACCUAAAGUGUCCAACCGAUUUGAGAUGGUGGAUAAUAUGAGAGGCAGGGUGAGCAGCCUUAGUGCAUGCUGCACACAAUCUUGGCGGCGGCCUACUACUCUCAUACCUGAACUACAGGAUACUUAACACUCAACUAGUGCACUGUGUGAAGUGUUAAGCAUGCCAGGCAUCACUAGGCAAUUCACUUGGGGGUUUCGUGGUGGUUUUGUUGAUGUGUAUGUGUGCUGUUCUUGAGAUGAACAAUGGUACGCUUUCACAACCCUUUGUAUUUGUGAUUUCUUACAUUCAACAAAGGCUGGACCAAAGGGUGCCACGUACUCCAGGGUCUCACCACAGUACCUGACUAUGAUACAGACACCAAUCAUUGAGGGUUUAUCCGUUCACUGCAAGGUCCUACUUUUUUGAGCAAAUAAUUCUGAGGAAAGUUUGGUUCAAUCAUCAUCCCAAAACUAUUACCACACCACUGACUCGAAGUACGGUGAAAUAUCACGUGUCAACUAAUUUGUACAGACAGUUUUAGGAAUGUGAUGCCAUUUUAAAAAACUGUCUUAGUGGAUCAGUAGUGAUUCUUAGAUAAGUACCGCUGUGUUGUUUUGUUAUUGGUCUGAAUGUAUUUUGUAGUGUUAUUUACUGCUGUGUUGGCUCAGUAAUUUCCUUCUACAUAACAUGCUUUUUUUUGUCAUUCUAUUACUUGCAAUAUUUAGGAAGUGUUUUGGGGAUUUGUCAAUUGGUCAAUCUAUCCAGUAUUUGUCAAAGAUAAAUAUCUUGUGCCUUUUAGGACCCCACCCCACCCUCCAAGUAAAGUCAAAGAAAGUCCACACAAAGCACAUGGACCAUGCUUUUGGAAAAAUACAGAUCUUCUACAGCCAUUGUUUGUCCUUGUGUGCCAUAAAGUGACAAAAACGUGACAUGAAAUUGUCAAUGUUUUUGCCUUUUUUAUGAGGA